CUGAAGAAAUUCAAUCAGAAAUGGAUAUAGUUAAGUCUGAUACUGAAGCAACUUGUGCUAGCAAGGUAGAGUGUGGUAAGUCCCCAUCUUCUCCUUCUAUUGAGAAUAUGUCUAAGGAGCAACUUGCUUCACUGUCCUCCCUUAAACAAUCGGAUGUUGACUUGCCGCAUUAUCCGUCUUUACAAAGUGAGCAGAAUUGUGGUUUUGGCAACUCCUGUAUUAAAAAAUGAGAUGUUUAAACAGGAUUUAUUACCAGCUUCUCCUGCAUCUGAAAUUCAUUUGGAGUCAGAAACAGCGCAGUUGCAAGACUUAUCGGAUACUGAAAUGCAAACAGAGCAAGAACAGGAAUGUGCUUCUACCUCUGAAAAGCAGGAUUUAGAAGGAAUAGAAACUCCAGGUUCUCCAUUUUCUAAAAAUAACCACAGCUCAGAAAAUGAGUCAUCUCAGUCUUUCCAUUCUCCGAUGAUGCAACAAGAAAUUGAAGUGGAGGAUUCUGUACUUUCUUCUGAUUCUGAGCAUCAGGAGCCCAAAGGCCUGUGUGUGCUAGAUUCUCUUGAAGAAAACUUGCAAGAUAGCAAGCAUGAAGUUCUAGAAUCUUCCAUCUCACUGAAAGAGCAGCAUUCAGAAGAUAACACGGAUGUCUCAGUUUUAGAGAAUGCAGAGCUGUUGUCACCUACCCCCUCAGAAAAUGUUGACAACCACAGUGAAGGCUCUUUAAUUUCUUUCACCCUGAAUAGAGUUGAGCAAUCUGAAGUUGUGUGUUCAAAUAAAGAUCAUGAUGAUACAAGAGAGAAUUGCAUUUUAGAACCUGCUUCUUCUGAAGAUUCUUCUAAAACAAAUAUUUCAACAGAGUUAAAUGUGGUUGUUCCUAUGGAUACAUUUAUAUUGGAGCAAAAAUCUAAUCUGGAUAUACAGAUAAAUAACUUAGCUGGUUCUGUUAAAGAAACCGAACAAACAGAAUGUUUUGAAGAAAGUGCCACUGCAACAUGUAUACUAGAGGACAGUGAGGAGAAUACAUCUUCUGAAAAGUCUGUAAAUAAAAGUGAUGAAGAUACAGAGUUUGCCCAAACAGAUAUAACAGAAAAUGUCCUUGACAUUUGUGAAAAUAUUUCAGAAAUUAUAGAAACAAAAGAAAAUUCGACUUCAAUCGAAAGUUUUGAAAGCUCUCUAAAGCCACCUGCUGUUUUAGAUGAGUGUAAAAUAACAUUACCAGACAAUAACGAAAAUGGAAAUGCUUCUAUAAUAAACUGUGAGCAACCAACAGUUUUGGGUGAUGAUGACUAUGAUUCUGUAGCAAUGCAGUGUGACUCUCUUAGUGAUCAAAAUUAUUCUGAAAUUGAUCAUCCUUCAGAAGUAAAGGAAAAUUUUAAACUUGAUUUAGAAGUAACGCAAAAGGAAAGAUUGAACCUUAAUUCAGAAGUAGCAAUUUGUACAACGGAAGAAUUGAACUCCCCAAAUACAGAGCCAAAGCAAAUAAAUAAUGAUAAAAUAAAGAGUGAUUCUAGAACUAGAAAGUCUAGAUUUCAUUCUCCUUCCACUCAGUGGUCACGUAGUAAAAGUGAAGUCAAAGAAAGGCAGAGAUCCCGCUCCCCUGCUAAACCUACAUGUAAAUCUAGAUCCCGCUCCCCUGCUAAACCUACAUCUAAAUCUAGAUCCCGCUCCCCUGCUAAACCUACAUCUAAAUCUAGAUCCCGCUCCCCUGCUAAACCUACAUCUAAAUCUAGAUCCCGCAGCAGAGAGAGAGAUGAACGCGAGAAAGGUGGACAGUGGAAAGGAAGAAGCAGAGACCAUAGAACCAGGAAACAAUCUCACUCUAGAUCUAGAACCAGAUCUCGUUCUAGAUCUGAAAAUCGUUCCAAGAUAAGAAACAGGUGUAUUGCUCCUGAAAGGAAUGAGAAGGUUUGCUUUUCUCCUCCCUGGAAGGAAAGAUGGCCACCAGAUAACUUUAAGGGAUCAAGAGGGAAUGAAAGAUACAAACGUAACAAACAAGACAGACCAAGAGAGUAUUUCAGAAAUGAUUGGCAGGAUAUAAAUAAAGAUAAAUUUGAACAGCAUUAUGAAGAUAAAAAUAAAAAUGAUUACCCAGACUGGGUAGUCGAACAGAAAUCUGUUAAGCAUAGAGGCCGAGGUCAGGAUAGACCUAGACAAUCUUAUAGAGGUUCUCACUGGGAAGAUAACCAAUAUAAUUCCAGGGACUCUUGGAAUAAAUAUGCUAACUUGGACUGGCAUUCACCAAGAGGUGGUGGUUUUCGUGGCCGUGGUGGUUUUCAUGGUGCAUUUAAUCAUGGAGACCAGAAUGAAAGUCGUUGGAAUAAUAGAUCAUCUUUUUCAGGGAAUUCAGGGUAUGAGCAAUCAAGGUUCCCAGAGCCAAGAAAUUACAAGCCUAAAUUUGAGCAGGAUCAAUUUGGUUCACCUGCUGCCCGAUCUGGGUGGUCGUCUACAUCAAGUUGGGCUGUAAGAAAAACAUUACCUGCAGAUGUACAAAAUUACUAUUCAAAAAAUUCAAAGAGAGGAAGAACCACAGGUUUACAGUCUGGAUGGCCAAAGCAGGAUGAACCUUCAGACCCAGAUCAUACCCUUGAUGAUCAAGCAAGUCAGCAUAAUGAAGGCUCUCAUAUCCCUUUAAAUGUGAUCCAGAGUCAAAUGAAUACUCCACCUCCACAGAUGACUGCUCCAUCACAAAUUAACGACCCUCAGAUUACUGUUCCUCCUCCACAGCUGAAUGCUCAUCAGAUGACUGCUUUACCUCCACAGAUGAAUGCCCCACCGCUGAUCGGUUUACCUCCGCAGAUAAAUGCACCACAGAUUACUUCUCCACCUCCGCAGAUGAAUGCUCCACCACCACAAAUGAAUGCUCUGCCUCCACAGAUGAACAUCCCACAAAUGUCUGCUCCUCUGCAGAUCAAUAUCCCACAGAUGAUUGCUCCCCCUCCACAAAUGAAUGCCCCCCCUCCACAAAUGAAUGCUCCCCCUCCACAAAUGAAUGCUCCCCCUCCACAAAUGAAUGCCCCUCCACAUAUGAGUGCUUUGCAUGUUUCUACUGCUUUGACUUCACAAAGGAAUACCCAACAAAUGACUAUUCCUUCUCCACAGAGGAAUGCCCCACCUCAAGUUUCUGCUCUCUCUCCAUCAAGGAAUGCACCUCCUCCAAAGAUUGCUGCCACACCUCCACAAAUCGCUGCCCCACCUCCGCAGAAGAAUAACCAGCCCUUGCAAUUGAAUGCUCAUUCACAAAGGAAUGCACCAGUCCAAUCUAUGAAUAUUUUCCCAUAUACAGUGAGUGUUCACCCCCCCUUGGUGAAUGUUCAGCAUAAUCCAUAUAAUGUUCAUCCUUCUGUACGUGUGCAACUUCAGCAAGGGGUACCUCGUACUAAGGUAUCUGAUUCCACCAGUGGACCUCAGGGAUUGCCACCACCUCCACCCCCACCACCUCCAUCUCAACAAGUCAGUUGUGUUGCUUCACAGUCGGAUGGAAAAAUACAGAAAGUACAAAUACAAGAAAGAGCAGCACAAGAAGUAAAAAUGGCCAUAAAACCAUACUACCAAAAUAAAGAUAUAACGAAAGAAGAAUAUAAGGAAAUUGUAAAGAAAGCAGUAGAUAAGGUUUGCCACAGUAAGAGUGGUAAAGUUGAUUCAUCUAAAGUGGCAAAUCUUGUGAAAGCAUACGUAGACAAGUAUAAACACUCGCGGAAAAAGGGGCCUGAUUGAAAAGCUCUGAGAACACACAUUUCCUGGAGUCAAGUAGAUUAAGGACUGCAAAUAUAAUUGUCAAAGUGCAAUUUCAGUGUUUGUCAUUAAUAUAAUUAUUCAGAGCUGUAAUUGGAAUCAGGUUUUGAUAAAAUUAUUUUUUAAUGUAGGAAUAUGUUUGAUUACACUUAGAUAUGUUACUUGCCCCCCAUAAAUAAAAUUUUGUUUUUACUGUCAAGGAAUCAUCAUGAUGUACAGCAUAUUGAAUUAAUGAGAUAUGUAAUAUUGAAAGAUCUUUAUGUCCGUAUUUGGCUUUUCAGCCAGGUACUGUAUGUACAGUACAUAUAAUUUGUUGGGUAAAAUUUCUGAUCCUAAGAAUCACUUUAAACGUUUUUUCCUUAAUUGUUGUGAAAUGUUUCCUCCACUUCUUCCAAGUCUAACUGGACACACUGAUUAUUUACAUAAUGUAUGUACCUGUCAAAAUCUUGAUAAAGAAACUGAUCAGAAAAUAAACUUUCAGAACUAUCA